AUGUCUCGUCUACCUCCUAUCGCCGUCGCACCUGAUUCGCCGCUCGGUCGGCAUCGUCAGCUGUCGCCCUCUGCGGCCAUCCGGGUAUCACCAAUUUGCCUAGGAGCAAUGAACUUUGGCGAAGUUAGCAAGGAGGCCAUGGGGGAGUGCACAAAGGAAACAGCUUUCAGCAUCCUGGACUAUUUCUACUCUCAGGGCGGCAAUUUUAUCGACACCGCCAACGCGUACCAGGAUGGGGAGUCCGAAGAGUGGCUCGGCGAGUGGAUGACCGCGCGCGACAACCGCGAUGAGAUGGUGAUUGCCACCAAAUUCACGGGCCCGUUUGUUGGCCCACAGGUCAACAAGAAGGGCAUCAUCAAGAGCAACCUGGGAGGAAAUUCCACCAAGUCGAUGAAAUUGUCGCUUGAGUACUCGCUGAAGAGGCUGAGGACGACCUACAUAGACGUGUUCUACGUCCACUGGUGGGAUUAUACGACCACAGUCGAGGAGCUCAUGCACAGCCUGAAUGAUCUGGUCGUCGCGGGGAAAGUCCUGUAUCUGGGCAUCUCGGACACGCCGGCAUGGGUGGUGUCAAAGGCAAAUCAGUAUGCUCGUAUGGCGGGGCUGAGACAAUUUUCCGUUUAUCAAGGCCACUGGAGCGCAGCACUGCGUGACAUGGAAAGAGAUAUCAUCCCCAUGUGCCUUGAUGAGAAGAUGGGCAUCUGUCCGUAUGGCGUCUUGGGACAGGGGCGUUUCCAAUCGGCAGACGUUUACAAGCAGCGCGAAGAGGUGGGCGAAGGAAGGACCAUAGGUAUGCCCAUCUCGCAACAGGACCGAAACGUGUCUGCCGCGCUGGAGAAGAUCGCUAGAGCAAAGGGCGAGAAGACAACGCUGCACCACGUCGCUAUAGCGUAUGUGAUGCAGAAGUUUCCCUACGUGGUCCCACUGCUCGGGGCAAGGAAGCUGGAGUAUAUCGAAAAGAGCAUCCCAGGUUUGCAGGUCGCGCUCACAGAAGCCGACAUAGACGAGAUCGAGUCGGCAUAUCCUUUCAAUGCCGGGUUCCCGCAUACUUUCCUCAGCGGAGGCAUUUUCCAGGGGAGCGAUGUGCCGGCCAAAGGUGCUUUUGGAUCAGACCAAGUGGUGCUGACCAAAAUGACCUGUGGGUAUGUUGACUUUGUCGACAGGCCCAAACCAAUCAAGCCAGCCUGA